AUGGCACCUGAUGUGAGCUUUCCAACACCGCCGUGUCCGGUCUUCGAGAGUACUUUCCACACCGACCUUGGUGACAUGGAAGUCUUGAAGAAAAUGGAAGAUGAGCAUCUAAGGCUUCAGAGACAGUUCCGUGCAAUCCAAGCUGACCGGCGCAACCGCACUGCUGGCGUUCAUCCCAUAUUCAGAAAGCAAGAGAAACUCCUCAAAGUGUUGAAGGCAGAAUACAUCGAUUUGACCAAGGAUUUAAAGAUUGCGAGUACGGGUGCCCAUAAGAAGAAGAAUAAGAGAAUGAAAGUGGAGUUAAAUAGAGCUCUACUUUUGAGGACGCGAAAUAUGAACAUGCAUGAUGAUAGCGUCACUGUGAUGGAACAGCUGAAAGGUCUUAACCGUCGAAACAACAAAGAGGCCUUGACUCUGAAGAAACUGGUCAGCGCGAAGACCGGGCAGAUAAGAGAACGAAUGGCCCAGAGUGAGAGCAGACUCGUGAUCACAGAGAACCGUCUGGAAAGCGUCAUGUUAAGGUUCAACCAGGUUCGAUACGAGAACAAGAAGAUCAGAGAAGAAAUUGAGCAUAUGCUGAAAGACAGAGCCCUAUUCAACCAGGCGUGGGGUAAGAUGAUGAAGGUGCUAGGGCAGGGCAAGAAAUUCCUCACGGACCUCUUCGAGUCAUCCACCCUGGCAUACGACCAGCGUGAUGAGUGGUGCACCAAGCUAAAGUCUGUCCAGGAGAAGGGCAGGGUCGACCAGAUGACACAACUGCAGGAAAUGCGCGACCUGCAAAAGGCGUUUGACCAUGAGAUGAAGAUGUUCCACUUCCUCGCGAAGAAGGGUGUGGUGCGAGUCAACGUGCAGCAGGAAGAGUACGAGGAGAAGAUGAAGGAGAAUAUGGAGAAGGAACUCCAGGAAAAACUGGACUACCACGUUAACAUCCUCGAUACACUCAUUGAAUACACAAAUCUAGAAAAGGCUCAUGAUGUAAUCGAAGACUUCGUGAGGAAGGAGCACAGCAACUUCGCCAUUUACGAGCUGCUGACGGAGUACUGUGCUGAGAAUGUCAUGCUCACCAAAGACCUCAUACGAAGACGGCAGCUGUUGUUGGAUAGGAAAGAUUGGAACGACAAACAAGAGGAGAGGAGACAGUCCCGCCUUGCAGAGUUCAGCAGACAAGUAGAACUGCAGAGGCAAAGAAACCAGCUGAUCCAGGACAAGGUUGAUGAGAAGGACCAGAUCUUGAAGAAUGGCAUGGGGAAAAUCACCGAAUUAUUUGAAAUGUUGGGUUGUUCCCUGCAACCGUUCCAGAACCUUCUGGGAGACAAGUCACCGAGCUGUUGGCAACUGUCACUCACCGUCAAGAUGAUCACUAAAAAGAUCAACGAAUACUUGCAGAUCGUAUAUUAUUAUGAGCGGUACUUCAACAAGAAGGUCCAGGAAAAGAAGUCCACCUCCCUCCUGAAGAAGUUCACAGUCAACCCACCGACAGUGCAGCCCUUCACCGCGAUCCCGAUCAACGUGAUUGCGCCAUCCGAUCCUUGUCCUGCCUGCAUAGAAACCCGGUGGCUGUCCCGUGUGUUAGAGCAAGAAGAAGCCCCGUUCGACAAGCAGAUGGCUCGUGAAGCCAUACAGGAGUUGUCCAACGACAUUGCAUAUCUCCGCAGUGACAGGAUACACCCCCUGGCUGAAUGCCGCGCGCCGCGCAGUCGAGUCUUGCUGGCUGCUCGAUAUACCUCCUAG